GGGGGCGGACAGCUGAGAAUAGACGGUGAGCUUGUCCUUGAGAAAUGACUGCCCCAAGGUUUCCCAUCUAUAUAUCCAGGACAGUCAAACAGUUUAGCGCGUCUCUCUGACAACAUGUUGGGUGUUUUUGUCAGAGCCGUGCUGCGGCCAGGCUCGGUGAAGCCAUGUCGCCUUGUGAGACCAGUAACACAGAUCCAAGAACGAUCGCUGGUGCACCAGGAGGGUUUACCGAAGCUGCCUGUGCCACCCUUGAAGCAGACCUGUGAGCGCUACCUAGCUGCUUUGGAGCCCAUUGUCAGCGAGGAGGAGCUGGAACACACCCGUCAGCUGGUACAGGAAUUCCUCAAGGGUGGUGUCGGAGAAAGGAUUCAGAAAGGCCUGGAACGACGGGCACGCAAGACAGAUAACUGGCUGUCAGAAUGGUGGAUGCAAUCAGCCUAUCUAGACUGCCGUAUGCCUGUGGCGGUUUACACCAGUCCCGGGGUUGUCCUGCCUCAGAUGCGCUUUCAGGAUCGCCAAGGACAGAUGAGGUUUGCUGCCAAACUAAUUGCGGGAGUUUUGGACUUUAAAAAAAUGAUUGACAGUGAGACCCUGCCUGUAGAGUAUCUGGGUGGGAAGCCGCUUUGCAUGGACCAGUAUUACCAGAUUCUGUCCUCCUGUCGUAUUCCGGGACCAAAGAGAGACAGCGUUGUCAAUCACGCCAUAGGAAAAACACCUCCCACCCACAUCACUGUGGUCCACAACUUCCAGUUCUUUGUCUUGGAUGUGUACAACAGCGAUGGAAGUCCGCUAACAGUAGAUCAGAUUUACAUGCAGCUGGAGAAGAUCUGGAACUCAUCUUUGCAGACUAACAAGGAACCGAUUGGCAUCCUUACAUCACAACAUCGCAACACCUGGGGAAAAGCCUACAACAACCUGAUCAAGGAUAAGACGAAUAAGGAAUCAGUCCGUGCCAUCCAGAAAAGUAUCUUCACAGUUUGUUUAGAUGCUCCAAUGCCCCGAGUGUCAGACCACUUGUAUCAGAGCCGGGUGGCUGCUCAGAUGCUACAUGGAGGAGGAGCUCGAUGGAACAGCGGCAACCGGUGGUUUGAUAAAACGUUACAGUUCAUUGUUGGAGAAGACGGUACAUGUGGACUGGUGUAUGAGCAUGCACCUGCUGAAGGUCCACCCAUUGUGUUUCUCAUCGAUUACGUUGUUAAAUCCAUGCAAAGGGAAGAAAUAGUUCGUUCUCCUAUGGUUCCCUUGACCAUGCCUCUGAAACUGCGUUUUAACAUUACGCCCGAGGUCAAGAGAGACAUCGAGAAAGCCAAACAAAACAUGAACAUAAUGGUACAUGACUUGGAUGUGAAGGUGCUCAUGUUUUCUCAUUUUGGGAAAAAUGUGCCAAAGCAGUAUAAGCUAAGCCCAGAUGCAUUUAUGCAAAUGGCUCUUCAACUUGCCUAUUUCAGGAUGUAUGAUAUUUGCUGCGCGAGUAAUGAGAGCGCGUCUUUAAGAAUGUUUAAAUAUGGACGAACAGAUGCAAUCCGCUCAACUACUGUAGAAUCGUCUCGGUUUGUCCAGGCAAUGCAAGACCCAGCUAAACAGAACCCAGAGAGGCUGGCACUGCUGCAGAAGGCUGUUGAGGCACAUAAGGAAAACACAUACAAUGCAAUUCACGGACAGGCCGUAGACAGACACCUCCUAGGGCUGAAGAGGCAGAGCAUUGAAGACUUGACUUCUAUGCCUGAGAUAUUCAUGGACACCUCCUUUGCAGUGGCUCAUCAUUACAACCUCACCACCAGCCAGGUCGGCUCCAAGACAGACUGUGUGAUGUGCUUUGGUCCAACGGUGCCAGAUGGCUAUGGAGUGUGUUACAAUCCCAUGGAUGAGCACAUCAACAUCGCCAUCACAGCCUUCAACAGCUGUGAGGAGACAAAUGCUGCCAAGUUUGCCCAGGCUGUAGAGGAUGCGCUCUUGGACAUGAGAGCUCUCCUGGAAGACACAGCUACAGCCAAGCAGUGAUCUCACACUGGAGCCUGGCAUGGCGUCCGUGUCCCACCAGGCUGUAUGGGAGCUGGAACCGAACCGAGUCGUUGCCGGAGUCGUUGGCAGAAUGCCACGCUGGCAUAAACGCACAACGUACUGAGUGUGUUUGAGCUGAGGGGAAACCUGUUACCAAAGGGGAUGUGGGAAAUGUAAUAUGUGACUGUCAAUGCACUGCCUUUGAGAUGAGAAGCAAUUCUCGAGCAAUUUACAUUUUAAUAUAUUGUGUUCAUAUAUAAUAUAUAUAAUAUAUAUGUAUAUAUAUAUCUAUAUAUAACUGAGAAUUGUAAGAGUACAAACAAUUUUUUCUUUGUUUAUACUUCAACAGUUUCUGGUCUUCGGAAUUACUUAAAGAUUUUGAGUGCU